CACAUAAUUGUCAUUUGGUUCGAGUUAUCGGGUAUGGUGAUCUGGAGAAGAUAUUCAUGCUCACCCUGCCACCAAACAAAUUCUUCCCCUCUCUGAGUGGCAAGACACUCGUCCUUGCUCUUAUCACACCAUGGAAUACCAAAGGAAAGGAUGCUGCAAAUGAGAAUACUUACUUGUUGUCCCACCAUGCAACAAUUGUCACCGACGUGCGAAGCUUAAAGGCUGUGGUGGGCCUGGUCCCUGUAGGUAAGUGGUGGGGUAUCAUUGAUUGAAUGUCAGCAGCGUCCGCACGAGGUUUUGCGGAUAUGGGGACAUGGGAGGGCACCCCAGAGGAGAACGAGAGUGAGAUGGAAGAUGUAGACGAGCUUUUUUACACUUGACACUGUUUUUCAAUGCUACGACACUGAUUUUCUUGACUGAUGUUGAAAAUCACAUAUGCAAUUUACACUGACACUUAAAAUCAUUGUCAGACCGAUGACACUGAAAAGAUGCGUCCAUGACUUCAG